AUGCGGAGGCUGAAUGGCAUCUUGCGACAAGUUACUUUCCAAUGUCGACGUUUGCGAUCGGAUUCCAUUUAUCAGACAGGCAGGAAGAGGUGCAGCUCGUACUGGUUGGCUGAAAAGUUGUUGGCAAAAUGA